UGGACAUAUAUGGAUACCAGAAGAUAUAUAUAGUUACAUGUAUUACAUAGUAUCCGAUGUCGCCAGGGUUUUAUGAACUUGAAAUUCGCCUUAAUUACCUAACCGUACUAUGCCCUAUCAGCUGGGUACAAUACCGUAACCUAGAUAAAUCAUAAGGGGCAGCAUUAGCCACAAAGACUCCUUAACAAGCCACAUCUGCCCCGCGUUACUCCUGCGCAGUUCUUCAUCCCACCUUGAUCGACCUUACAUCGAACUUUUGCGCAGUGAUCCGACAAUACCACAAUCUCCCUCAUAAGGACCAGACCAGACCAGACCAGACCCAUCACCAUGUCAGCCUCUCCCUCUCCCCCCAACACGGCGCACCUAAAAGCAACAUACACCAACGCCCACCCUCCCUCCUCCUCCACCGAACCCUUCACCCUCACAACCCCCCUCCCCCAACCCUCCGACCCCAACUCCGCCGCGCAAAAGACAUCCUACCUCUCCGCUCUGCGGGACGCCACCACCUCGCUACAGGAGAGCAUAAACGCCGAGUUGACCACGCGCAUGGAACGAGAGGCUGCUUCCGCCGCUGCCACCAAGACAACGGCAGCGAAUAGUAGUAAGAAUGGGAAGAAGAGCGUCGUGUUCGACGAUGAGGCUGAGGAGGAGAACUACGGAGAGGAGGUAGUCGAGGAUGAUGAAUGAGAGAAGGGAAAGCUGGAUUUGCGCACACCAUACCAGCCAACCGAAUACCUACAAGAAGCUGAGGAGUAACUCAGUAGGAUUUGGAUUCCCAACUACCUACCAGUCAAGUCUAAAACGCAUCAAACCAGUCGACACGGACACUUCACCCUUGAUCACCACAAAAACAUCAACAGGAGGUAUAAAAGGCGUUUUCAAUUUGACUACGAUCUAGAUACUUAAAAGGGGGUAUUUUGCCUGCGCGUACAAGUUUGUAUGUACUUGAUCGCCACUACUCCAGCAGCAUGCAUGCAUUGUAACGAUAAC